AUGAGUGCGGCAUCUGCGUCUGCAACCCGCUCACCGGUUGUAGCUUCUCAAGCGUCUGCCGAGAUUCUUAUGGUAGGGCAUGACUUAUCGCCAGUCGUUUGCGGCAAAAGAGUACGCUCUGCGGUUAUUACCCCGAAUACAAUCGAUCGUGAGAGAGAUGCUACUCGAAAGUUGAUCAAGCAUGCUGCUGAGGUCGAGGCUGCUAGUGACGAUGAGAACGAUGAUCAUGUAUCGUCCCCUGCAGCUGUUGACUUAUACACUAGGCUCGUUGAUGAGGAGCCAAUCAAGCGGGUUGUUGCUCAUGUCGAGGAUGAUGCUUCCCCUGUGAGCACGGUAUCAUCUAGAGGGUCACCAGUGCCUCACCUCACACAGGAGUCAACCAAGGACGACUUUAGUUGUCCAGUGUGUUGUGAUGUGCUAGUUCGACCCGUUGAUGUAUGCGGUUGUGGCCAUCAUGUAUGCCGUAAGCAUGUUAUCGAUAUGGUUACACAUGCCCACGGUAAUGGCUACAAGUGCCCACUCUGCCGUAAGGAGGUUGUCGUUAAUAAUUAUGAUAAUAAUUAUGAUGAUAUCGUCGUGGAUAAUAAACUGAAGUCAACCAUCCAAGAUUUGGGCCUUUAUGAUGAGUCCAGGAGGUCUUCAUUCCGAUCCAGUAGAAGCAGCACGCCUCUCCAAGAGAGGUUUAAUAGAGAGUUCUUCGAGGAUGAGACUUUCUAG